AUGGAUUCCGCGACGCAAGCAAGAUUCGAUCUUAUCAAUUCGAACCUCGCCGAAUUCCUCAACCCUGAGAUCAUCGAGGACAUAUUGAAGAGUGGACGCAAUCCCAAGGUGUACUGGGGCACUGCUACGACCGGACGCCCUCACAUUGGCUACUUCGUGCCAGCGCUGAAGAUUGCGCAGCUGCUACUCGCAGGCUGCGAUGUCACUAUUCUGCUUGCGGAUGUCCACGCAUUCCUUGAUAAUUUGAAGGCGCCACUCGAGCUAGUGGAACAACGUUCAAUUUACUACCGAAACACUAUCACCGCUAUCCUUCAGGCCGUCGGGGUUCCUACUGAAAAGCUCGAAUUUGUUCUUGGUAGUUCUUACCAGAAGAGUUCUGAGUAUGUGCUUGAUGUGUACAAAUUGUCUUCUUUGGUCUCUGAAGGUCAAGCCAAGAAGGCGGGUAGUGAGAUUGUCAAGCAGACUGGCAAUGCUCCGUUGAGUGGGCUGCUGUACCCGAUUCUCCAGGUUCUCGAUGAGCAACAUUUGAACUGUGAUGCUCAGCUCGGAGGCAUCGAUCAACGGAAGUUGUUCGCCGCGGCAACGGAGUGGCUCCCCAAAAUUGGAUACCGCGUUCGCGCCCACCUUCUAAAUCCUAUGAUGGCCUCAUUAUCCUCCGGCAAAAUGAGCUCCAGUGAUAGCCCAGAUAGUAAAAUCGACCUUCUCGACCCUGCCGAGAGCAUCGCAAAGAAAAUCCGAAAGGCAGAGUGUUUCCCUAAGAUCGUCGAAGACAACGGCGUGAUUUCAUUGGUUGAGCACAUUCUAUUUCCCGCAGCUGUCCUUAAGGGCCACGGAGAAUUCCGCGUCGAGCGUAAGGACGCCGAGCCUCUGGUCUUCUCCGAUAUCAAGCAACUACACGAUGCUUACAAAGCUGAUAUUUUGACACCACAGCUGCUUAAGCCUGCUGUCUCGGCCGCCAUGGUCGCCCUUAUGGCCCCUAUCCACGCAGCCUACACGGCCUCGGCUGAAUGGCAGGAGGUUACAUCGAAGGCUUACCCGCCUCCGGUUGUGCAGAAGAAGGUCAAGAAGGUCAAGGAUCGCGGCUCCCGCUUCCCUGGCGCCAAGCAAGAAGAGGCCGCGCAGCCUUCCGAGCAAGAGGCCGCUCAACCUUCAGAGCAAUAG